GUGCACACACCAUAUUAGCGUACGAACAUAAAUAAGUCAUCUUCUUCGUCUUCAGAAACUCAAGUUUCCUUUUCUCUUGUUAAUGGCCAAAGUUUUCCCUCAAAAACCCAUAUUUUCAUCUUUCAUGACAUUUAAAAGAGAAACAUUUACAGUAUGGAUGAAAUCUUUAGUUUGCCAUACAAAUGGCUGCACUGUCUUUGAUUCUAAUGGUGAGAUUAUUUAUCGCGUCGAAAACUAUGAUCAAAAGUGCAGCAAUGAAGUAUAUUUGAUGGAUCUUCGAGGCAGAGUUCUUGUAACCAUAAGAAGAAAGAGAUUACUAGUUUUUGGACGUUGGUAUGGCUACAGAUGGAAUCCUUCAAAUAUAAAUAAAGAGAAGCCAUGGUUUCAAGUAAAAAAAUAUUGCAGAGUAUGUAUUGGAAAUUCAGUUUAUUUUAAAGUUACAGUAGGGUUUCAGAAGUACUGGGUUGUGAAAUUGGGACAUAAAGCAGCAGAAGCUUUCAGGAUUGUAGACAUAGAUGGAGAUGUCGUUGCAGAGGUGAAGCAGAAGCAAUCAUCUUCAGGAAUUACAUUAGGAGAUGAUGUGUUAAGUUUGAUAGUGGAAUCUCAUAUUGAUCAUUGUCUAAUCAUGGCAAUAGUCACUGUAUAUGGAUUAAUUAAUUACAAAUUGUAGAUAUUAUAUAUAUAUCGAUUUUUCCAGGAGUUUUAACUAUCGGCAGCUUCAUUAAUUUGUCUCCUUUUGUACAUCUAUACUAAAUUUUUGUUCGACAUUAUUAAUUAAUUUAUUACUUAUUUCUAUUUCUAGCAAAA